AUGGCCACCGACAGUGACGAUGAGUUGACCCUUUCGGCGUCCGCCAUGGACGCCCUCCGCGCAUUCUAUUCCGAGCGAGACGACCACGUGAAGCGCUUUGCCGACCUGCAGUCGGCGGCCGACGCGGCGGCCGAAGAAAAGCCCGUCGUCCUGAGCAUGGACACCUUCACCGAGGACUGGAACAAGUCGCAGUUUUGGUACUCGGAUGACACGGCCCAGCUGUUGGCCCGCCAGCUGAUCCAGGGCACCGACGCGUCGUCGUCCAUCGUCGUGAUCUCGGCGCCGAGCGUCUUUGUCGCGCUCAAGAACCUCGUCUCUGCCUUGCCCUCGGACGAGCGUCCGGGCCUCCUGCUGCUGGAGCACGACGACCGCUUCACCGUCUUCGGCUCCGAGUACAUCUUCUACGACUUCAACAAGCCGACCAAGCUUCCGCGAUCAGCCGCCCUGCGCGCUUCCGCCGACCGCAUCGUCUGCGAUCCGCCCUUUCUCAGCCAGGACUGCCAGACCAAAGCCGCCCUGACGGUCCGCUGGCUCAGCAAGCCGACUGCCCGCGUGGCCGUCUCCACCGGCGAGCGCAUGGAAAGCCUUGUGACCGACAAGCUCUACCGCGCCCAAGGCGUGCGGACGACCUCGUUCGUCCCGCUGCACGCCCACGGACUCGGCAACGACUUUUGCUGCUACGCCAACUUUGAGGGUGACGAGUGGACGUGGCUGGCCAAAAAGGCAAAGCCAUGA